CAUACAAUUCUCAUAGAAAGAAAAGUUUAGAAGAAAACUAGAAAAGGUGAAAGUAUGGAGAGAACAACCUCACUUGUAUUUCUUGUUAGCUUACUUAUCAUAUUUGCCUCAGCUUUGAAUCAAAUAAGAGCUUAUACAUGCGACGACAACAGCCUUGGCCCUUGUAAAAAUUGCGACGAAAGAUGCAAGUCCAAACACGGGCCAUUGAGCGUAAGCAAAUGUAACGGUGGGGAUGGGAUGUGCAUGUGCACCUACGAAUGUGCGCCACUUUUCCCAGCCAAAGUGUGCGUUGGCGCGAUUGAUAUGUGCACUGACACUUGUCCUCUGAGUUGCUGUGAUAGACUAUGCGCAAUAAAGUACAAAAAUGGACGUGGGGGUUGUGUCGACUAUCUUGGUUAUAGGAUGUGCACAUGCGAGUACUCUUGCUUAAACAUAUUGACAUAAUUUUGUAAAACAAAUAAUAUGGUGAUAAAAUUAUUG